UUCAAGCGCAAAAUUUCACGUUCCGUGAACUGGCAAUUGCAACGAAGAAUUUCCGACAAGAAUGUUUGAUGGGUGAAGGUUGCUUUGGCAGAGUUUACAAGGGAACAAUUCCUGCAACCGGGCAGGUGGUAGCAGUGAAGCAACUUGACCGAAAUGGGGCGCAAGGAUGUAAGGAUUUUCUGGUUGAGGUUUUGAUGUUAAGCCUCUUGAACCAUGACAACCUCGUCAAACUCACCGGUUAUUGCGCUGAUGGAGAUCAACGUCUUUUGGUGUAUGAGUUCAUGCCAGGUGGCUCGUUAGAAGCCCGUCUUCUUGAUGAACCUCCAUUAGAUUGGUACAGCAGAAUGAAAAUAGCAUCACAUGCUGCGAAAGGAUUGUGGUACUUGCACGACAAGGCCAACCCUUCAAUCAUAUAUCGAGACUUGAAAUCUGCAAACAUCUUGCUAGAUGAUGAUUUCAAUGCAAAACUAUCAGAUUAUGGAUUGGCCAAACUUGCUGGCAACGAUAAGGCGAACAUUGUACCCACAAGAGUUAUGGGCACUUAUGGUUACAGUGCUCCUGAGUACGUAAGAACAGGUAACCUCACCUUGAAAUCAGAUGUCUACAGUUUUGGAGUUGUCUUGCUAGAGCUCAUUACUGGACGGCGUGCGGUUGACACCACAAGAUCACACGAUGAGCAGAAUCUAGUUUCAUGGGCACAACCCAUAUUUAGGGAUCCAAAGAGGUAUCCAGAUAUGGCAGAUCCAAAUUUGAAAAAUGAUUUCCCAGAAAAGGAUUUGAACCAAGUUGUUGCAAUAGCAGCCAUGUGCUUGCAGGAGGAAGCAGCAGCCCGUCCUUUGAUGAGUGAUGUUGUAACUGCUCUGAGUUUUCUUUCGACUGCUUGUCCAGAGGGUGGUGGUGGCAACAACAAUAGCUCCUCCGGUGAAUACUCUUCUUCUAGCGAUGACAGUGGAUCUUCUAAAAACCAGGUUAGUGAAAAAUAACAAGAAAGUGAAGACGCCUGAGAAUCUGAGUAUGAAUAUUAUGAGAAUGAAAACCAACAUAAUUACAGUCCUGAAGUCAGUAAAGAGACUCUGCUCCAAAUCGAGCCUCAAGAGCAGCACCAUUGAUUAUUUAGAUCAUGGACGCGUCUCAAUCAGUAGGAAAAGUAGGCAAAAGAAAUCUUCGUUAAAUCAGAGGAGCAGUAAGCAA